UAGGUUUCAACCCUUAUCGGUUAUUAAGAGGAUCUGCUAUAUUCCUGCCUAUAGCCCUGCUGGUUUACAUGGCAAUGCUCUCCUCUGCUGAACGUGGGUGCCCUACAGGAUGUAGAUGUGAUGGAAAAAUGUUUUAUUGCGAGUCUCAGAAGCUGCAGGAAAUCCCUUCAUCAAUAUCUCCUGGAUGUGUCGGGUUGUCUCUCCGGUAUAACAGCCUCCACUUACUGAAAUAUAAUCAAUUUAAAGGUCUUAAUCAGCUCACUUGGCUGUACAUAGACCAUAACCAUAUUAGCAGUAUUGAUGAAAAUGCAUUCAAUGGGAUCCGUAGAUUAAAGGAGCUUGUUCUGAGUUCUAACAGGAUUUCCCAUCUGCUAAACAACACUUUCAGACCAGUCACUAACCUGAGAAACCUAGAUCUUUCCUACAACACUAUCCAGAAAUUGGGACCUGGCCAGUUUAAGGGUUUGAGGAAACUGCAGAGCUUACACUUGAGGUCGAAUUUACUGCGAAACAUUCCAGUUCGGAUAUUCCAGGACUGCAGAAAUAUGGAACUUUUGGAUCUGGGGUAUAACCGAAUCCGAAGUUUGGCCAGAAAUGUUUUUACAGGUAUGAUCAGAUUGAAGGAACUUCACUUAGAGCACAACCAUUUUUCCAAACUUAACCUGGCCCUUUUCCCCAGGCUAGUAAGCCUACAGAACCUGUACUUACAAUGGAACAGGAUCAGCUUCAUAGGUCAAACCAUGUCUUGGACCUGGACUUCAUUACAGAGGCUUGAUUUAUCUGGUAACGAAAUAGAGGCUUUCAGUGGCCCAAGCGUCUUUCAAUGUGUUCCCAAUUUACAGCGACUCAACCUGGAUUCCAACAAACUGACCUUCAUAGGCCAGGAGAUCCUGGACAGCUGGGGGUCUCUUACUGACGUAGGUCUUGCUGGCAAUAUCUGGGAAUGUAGCCGAAAUAUUUGUUCUUUGGUCAACUGGCUUAAAAAUUUUAAAGGCCUGCGGGACAACACAAUCCUUUGUGCCAGCCCUAAGGACCUGCAGGGGAUCAAUGUCAUGCAGGCAGUGAAAAACUACAAUGUUUGCAGCAAAAAUGUUACAGAGAGCAGGGAGUUGAAAACCACUGGUCGGAAUACAACUGCAAAACACAAAAUAAUGAGAACUAAGCAUGAAAGUAACCACUCGAUGCCUCCAACUGUCGGAGUGACAGGACCUGGCUAUGAGACCAGCGGGGAUGCAGAUAGUGUUUCUUUACAUAAAAUCAUAGCGGGGACUAUAGCGCUGUUCCUGUCUGUGUUAGUGAUCUCCUUAGUAAUCUACGUGUCAUGGAGACGGUCUCCCGCAGGUGUUAGGCAUCUGCAGCAGGCUACUCUUAUGAAAAAUCACAGCCAAACAAAAAGAUCAUCCCUAACACAGAUUAGCCUAACGCCACAGGAAUUUUAUGUAGACUACAAGCCUGCAACAAGCAGAGAGACUUGUGAAUCCAUAAGCACUACUGGUUCCUGCACAUAUACCAAAUCAGGUUCCAGGGAAUGUGAGGUAUAA